AUGGAGAAGAACACCAGCUCCGGCGUUGAGCACGUUGAGACAAGCACGCCUGUUGCUGGCCCCCACGAUGAGGCGAUAAUCGAGGGCAAGACGCUCGAGCAAGCAGCAGAACAAGGCACCAUUGACGAGAUGGAUCUCGAUGUUCGUGCUGCUAUCAAAGCCUAUCCAGCCGCCAUUCUUUGGUCCCUGGUCUUCUCGACCUGUGUCAUUAUGGAAGGAUACGACACCAACCUCUUGUCAAACUUCUUUGCAUAUCCAUCUUUCCUGAUUAGAUAUGGUAACUUUGUGGGCGUAACACCGUCAACCCCCGUCGGAUACCAAUUGACUGCUGCGUGGCAAGCGGGCCUCUCGCAAUCCGGUGGCGUCGGCUCCAUCAUCGGAUGUAUUGUUAGCGGCUACCUGGUCUCCAAAUUCGGCUCUAAACCUGUUGUCCUGGGUGCUCUUAUUGCCUUGUCGCUCGCUGUUUUCGUCGUCUUCUUCGCGCCGACCCUCACUGUCCUUGUCGUCGGUGAGAUUCUUUGCGGCCUCCCUUGGGGUGUUCUGGCCACCACUGCUCCAGCUUACGCAUCUGAGGUCCUCCCAACGGCUCUGCGCACCUACAUGACGUCGUAUACUAACAUGUGCUUCAUUCUCGGCCAACUCAUCUCUGCCGGUAUUUUAAAGGGCCUUUCUACUCGCACUGAUGAGUGGGGUUACAAGAUUCCAUUCGCUAUCCAAUGGGUCUGGCCAGUUUUCCUUAUCCCACUUGUUUACAUGGCUCCAGAGUCUCCAUGGUACCUUGUCAGAGUGGGCCGCAUCGAAGAAGCGGAGAAAUCUCUGCGCCGCCUCCAAUCUUCAACGGCCACCAACAUCGAUCCAGGCAAGACGCUCGCUGCUAUCAUUUAUACCAACAACCUCGAACAGCAGCUUUCUGUCGGAACCAGCUACUGGGAUUGCUUUAAGGGCUUCGAGCUUCGCCGUACCGAAAUUUCUUGUCUCGUCUUUGCUGGUCAGAUCCUUUGCGGCAUGAGCUUCGCAUACAAUAGCUCUUACUUCUUCUCUCAAGUUGGCCUCGGUACUAGCGCUACUUAUUCUCUGUCCCUCGGCGGGACUGGCCUUGCGCUUGUUGGCUGUUUUAUUAACUGGUUCGGCCUGAUGCCAUACUUCGGUCGCCGUACGAUCUACGUAGCCGGAUUAGGUGGUAUGUGCUUCGUCCUGAUUCUUAUCGGUAUUCUCAAUGUCUGGACGGCGAAACCAUCGGUAGGAAUGGCCCAAGCCGUUCUCACCUUGCUCUGGACUUUUACCUUUCAACUCUCCGUAGGCCAGCUCGGAUGGGCCCUCCCUGCUGAAAUGGGCUCCACCCGCCUCCGGCAAAAAACUAUCUGCCUUGCUCGUGAUGCCUCAAACAUCACUGGAGUUGUUGUUGGAACUCUUCAACAAUACUUCAUGAACCCUCAAGCCUGGAAUCUCAAAGGCUACACGGGAUUCGUGUGGGGCGGAACUUGCUUUCUGAUGUUCGUGUGGGCUUACUUCCGUCUUCCUGAGACUUGGAACAGAUCUUACCACGAGAUUGAUAUUCUUUUUGCUAAGAAAGUCCCGGCUAGAAAGUUUGCCAGUACUGUUGUUGAUGCCUUCAAUGAGCAUGCCACCGCCAAACUUGUGGAAGAGUAUGGUAACAAUGCCUCGAACCAUGUGUAG